CAAAUUUUUUAAAUGUAGGUUUCCACACGAAUGCUACGAUGUGUUUGUCCCCAAUCCAGAGGCCUCAGAAGGGAAAACGCAACUGUGUCAAUGUUUGCCGAGCUGCUGCGUGUGCGGCAGACAGUCUGUCUCCAAUCCAAUCUUCUACCGAUAGCAGUAACGAUCUAGAGACAGAGCAGAGAGAAUGUCCCGAGUCAUAGCGUUUCUGUGGACACUCCUCGCGGGUGUGGGCCUGGGCCUGGUUAGCGGGGACUACUAUUCGGCCAUCAGCGAAGUGGAGCGGCUGCUGGAUGUAGAGGCCUUCCUGGUGGAACGGUUCGAAGAUUACUUGGAAAAAGCCCAGCAGCAGCAGGAGAACAUCGAAAGGUUUCUUCAACAUGUGGAACAGCUGCAUAGUCGGCACGGGGACAUUGAGGCGUUUUUUGGCAACCCAAUCAAUGCCUUCACCACCAUCAGACGCCUCGUCCACGACUGGAAGCACAGUGUCUUCGAGCCGGUCUUCGAUACGAGUAACUUGGAUAACUACAAGACUUCGGUAAGCGCGGGGCUGAAAAAGGCUGAGAUCCAGGAACCGACCAAGGAGGAUCUGCUCGGCGCCACUCGCGGCUUGUGGCGCCUGCAGGAGAUGUACAAACUACCCACAAAGCAGCUGGCGGCGGGAUUCUUGGCUCCCGAGGAACAGCGCCAAAUGAAUUUGUCAAUCAGUGCCAGUGACUGCUAUGAGAUCGGGCGGCAUCUUUGCCAGAUGAAGGAGUACUCUUACGGCUCUGAGUGGCUGUUGGAAGCGAGGACCAGACUGCCUCGGGAUCCUUCAGGAUAUGUGCUUCCCAAGAUCACUAAGGUGCAGAUCCUGGAGCAGCUCUCCACUGCCUUUAGCCAAUUGGGCAACAAGAAGCUGGCCCACAAGCUGAACAACGAAAUAUUGGAUGCGGAACCUGGCCAUCAGGAGGCCGUGAAGAACAAGAUUGUGUACGAGGCGCUGCUGGCACGAGAGAGGAGCAUCAGUAGUAGUCCCAGGAUGAAACUAGAUCCUCCGCAGGAGGCUGCUCCAGAGCCAGAGCCAGAGCUGAAGGAGAGCCAAGAGCUCUACCAGCGCGUGUGUCGAGGAGAACUGCGGCAGUCCCCUAAAGAGCAGCGGUAUCUCAGGUGCUGGUUGAGCCACCAGGAUGUGCCCUACCAGCGCCUCUCGCCCUUCAAGGUGGAACAGCUCAGCGGGGACCCCUAUGUGGCCUAUUUCCACGAUGUGCUCAGCGACAAGGAAUCAGAGCAGAUCAUCGAACACGGCAAGGGGCAGGUGACGCGCUCGGAGAUCGGCCAAACUGGAAACUCCACCGUCUCGGAUAUCCGCACCAGCCAGAACACGUGGUUGUGGUACGAGAACAAUCCCUGGCUGGCGGACAUCAAGCAGCGACUGGAGGACAUCACCGGCCUGAGCACAGACACUGCGGAGCCCCUGCAGCUGGUGAACUAUGGAAUUGGAGGGCAGUACGAGCCGCACUUCGACUUCAUGGAUGACGCCGAAAAGAACUUUGGCUGGAAAGGAAAUCGCCUAUUGACAGCUCUUUUCUACCUGAACGAUGUCCCCUUGGGAGGGGCCACUGCUUUUCCCUUCCUCCAUCUGGCCGUUCCGCCUGUCAAGGGUAGUCUUCUGGUCUGGUAUAACCUCCAUCGUUCCCUCCACAAGGACUUCCGCACCAAGCACGCUGGCUGUCCCGUGCUCAAGGGCUCCAAGUGGAUGAGCAUCUCUUCCCUUCCAGUAUGCAAUCAGUGGUUCCAUGAGGCUGCCCAGGAGUUCAGGAGACCCUGCGCGCUGACCAGCGAUGCUGAAAAGUUCCUCGAACUUGAAAACAAGUAGUGGAUAUCCGGCUAUGAUUAUUUUUCACCAAAAAUAAAUUCUAUUUUUUAUUUCAAAAAGCUUUAAAUUUUAUUUCAAUGUAUUCAAUGGCUUUAUUGUCAGACAAAAAUUACCGCAAUUUAUUAAGUUUUUUAAAUCAUUACAAAAAAAAAUAAAGCAAUUAUGAGACUUUAAAUGAAUGAACAAUGAGUCGAUUUGGUUAUAUCAAAGAAACAUUUUCCAGCCUAAACUUCCAUUUAUGGACUGAGUACUCUGUCUCUAUGAUUGCGGGUUGUAUGACGAGGAGGUCGAGCUUAAAGGUUAAUAACUAUUCAUCGAAGAGCACAAAAAAAGUUGUACCACAACUUUCUUCAGAUAAACGAGCAUCUAUACUCGGAAGAAGCGAAUCUUGGACUCAGUCCAGAAGCAUCUUUCAAGCCCGCUAGUCUACGAUUCUCCAUUCGAUUCGAACCUACCAUAAAUUCUUAAAAAAAAAAAUACUGAAACAUUGUCACUGUCAUUGACCCGAAAAACCGGAGAGAAGCGAAGAA